AAACAGAGAAGAGAAAUGGCUAGUGGCAGCAGCGAUGAACACUCUGGUAGUGGGGGUAACAGUGGACGCCGCCAUGUACCAUUUAAUUGGGGGGGUCCCGAUCCAGAAGAUGAUGGUUGCGACGAUCUGAUGGACGCUGACCAAGAUUUAUCAAACUACGUACACAAAUAUCGCCAUGAUCAGGAGCAAAGUUUGAAAAAGACUCAGGGCUCCCUUUAUUUACCACCACCGAAUUCGGCCGAAACUAAUAAAAAGGGUGAUAAAGGAAAUGACUUACCUUCUAGAGGAAAAAAUUUUCCUAUCAGAGCACAUGCUCCCAAUGAAAAGCGUGACGAUUUAGCUACCGCAAUCCUGAAACGCAAGGACCGCCCAAACCGUUUAAUCGUUGAGGAAGCUGUGAAUGAUGAUAACUCGGUGGUGUCUUUGUCUCAAGAAAAAAUGGACGAAUUGCAAUUGUUUCGUGGCGAUACGGUAAUUCUUAAGGGUAAGCGGCGCAAGGAGACCGUUUGCAUUGUUUUAUCGGAUGAAAAUUGUCCUAAUGAGAAAAUUCGCAUGAAUCGUGUUGUACGCAACAACCUGUGCGUGCAUUUGUCCGAUGUGGUAUCCAUUCAAUCAUGUCCGGAUGUCAAAUACGGAAAGCGUGUUCGAAUUUUGCCUAUCGAUGAUACCGCAGAGGGCGUAACAGGCAACCUAUUUGAGAUCUACUUGAAGCCCUAUUUCUUGGAGGCCUACCGGCCUAUUCACAUGGGCGAUAACUUUAUUGUUCGCGCUGCUAUGCGUCCCAUAGAAUUUAAAGUUGUGCUAACCGACCCUGAGCCGUAUUGUAUUGUGGCACCUGAAACGGUGAUCUUUUGUGAUGGCGAUCCGAUUAAACGUGAGGAGGAAGAGGAAUCGCUAAAUGCUGUCGGUUAUGACGAUAUUGGCGGUUGCCGCAAGCAGUUAGCCCAAAUUAAGGAAAUGGUUGAGCUGCCACUUCGCCAUCCUUCGCUUUUCAAGGCUAUUGGUGUGAAACCACCACGAGGUAUUCUUAUGUACGGCCCACCAGGUACAGGAAAAACUUUAAUAGCACGCGCUGUCGCCAAUGAGACUGGUGCAUUUUUCUUCCUCAUAAACGGUCCUGAAAUUAUGUCUAAACUGGCCGGUGAGUCCGAGUCAAACUUGCGUAAGGCUUUCGAAGAAGCUGAAAAGAACUCGCCCGCUAUUAUUUUCAUUGAUGAAAUUGACGCUAUCGCACCUAAGCGUGACAAAACACAUGGUGAAGUAGAACGUCGUAUUGUGUCUCAAUUGCUAACCCUUAUGGAUGGCAUGAAGAAGAGCUCACAUCUGAUUGUUAUGGCCGCCACCAACAGGCCAAACUCUAUUGAUCCUGCCUUGCGUCGUUUUGGACGUUUCGAUCGAGAAAUAGAUAUUGGCAUUCCUGAUGCCACUGGACGUUUGGAAGUUUUGCGAAUUCACACCAAAAAUAUGAAAUUGCAUGAAGACGUUGAUUUAGAACAAAUUGCCGCGGAAACUCACGGUCAUGUGGGUGCUGAUUUAGCUUCGCUUUGUUCGGAAGCUGCUUUGCAACAAAUUCGUGAAAAGAUGGACCUUAUCGAUUUGGAAGACGAUAAAAUUGAUGCCGAAGUAUUGGCCUCCUUGGCAGUAACAAUGGAGAACUUCCGUUAUGCUAUGACCAAAUCGAGCCCGUCGGCAUUGCGUGAAACUGUGGUGGAAGUACCCAACACUACCUGGACGGAUAUCGGUGGUCUGGAGAGUGUCAAGAAGGAAUUGCAAGAACUGGUGCAAUACCCAGUCGAACAUCCAGAUAAGUUCUUGAAGUUUGGCAUGCAACCAAGUCGCGGUGUACUAUUCUACGGACCACCUGGUUGUGGUAAAACUCUACUUGCAAAGGCCAUUGCUAACGAGUGUCAGGCCAAUUUCAUUUCGGUUAAAGGACCAGAGCUGCUUACUAUGUGGUUUGGUGAGUCCGAAGCCAAUGUUCGAGACAUUUUUGAUAAGGCACGUUCAGCAGCACCUUGUGUGUUGUUCUUCGACGAGCUGGACUCUAUUGCUAAGGCACGUGGCGGCAAUGUGGGCGACGCUGGAGGUGCUGCCGACCGUGUAAUUAACCAAAUUCUUACCGAAAUGGACGGAAUGGGUGCUAAGAAGAACGUUUUCAUCAUUGGUGCCACCAAUCGUCCCGACAUUAUCGAUCCGGCUAUCUUGCGUCCUGGCCGUUUAGAUCAACUUAUUUAUAUUCCACUUCCCGACGAUAAGUCGCGUGAAGCUAUCCUUAAGGCUAACUUACGCAAAUCACCAUUGGCUAAGGAUGUCAAUCUAACCUACAUUGCUAAGGUGACACAAGGCUUUUCGGGUGCUGAUUUGACUGAAAUUUGUCAGCGUGCCUGUAAAUUGGCAAUUCGGCAAGCGAUUGAAGCCGAAGUAAAACGAGAAAAAGAGCGUGCUGAAAAGCAAACCAUGGAAAUGGAUGAAGAUGAUCCAGUACCAGAGAUCACACGUGCACACUUUGAGGAAGCGAUGAAGUUCGCUAGGCGCUCAGUAUCGGACAACGAUAUUCGGAAAUACGAAAUGUUUGCACAGACUUUGCAACAAUCGCGUGGCUUCGGACAGAACUUUAGAUUCCCGGGCGCUGGCAGCACUUCACAAGGUUCCGGGCCAAAUGAACCAGCGAAUCCGCCAGGUGACAAUGGCGACGACGAUCUUUACAGUUAGAUUUUUAGUUUUAAAAUCAAUGAAUAUAAAACAAACCCAAUUUUGUCAAAUUGAAGUAUGCUUAAACAAGAUAAACAAUUUAUAAUUUGAAUAAAACCAAAACUAAAAAAAAACAAAAAAAAAAA